AUGGAUAAAACACGAACCGGUUGCCGUGCUCGAAUGCCUAUACAAUAUUGCAAGUAUACCCAUAAGUUGGAAGUUGCAAAAUUUGUUGAAAGUUACAACCAUCCGUUGAUAAUUGAUGAAUGCGUGCACAUGCUGUCAUCCCAACGUAGAAUUACCCGCGUUCAAGCCAUUGACUUGGAAUUGGCUUUUGAUUCUGGAAUAACCCCUCGCAAUUCAUAUGAGUUGAUGGGAAGGCAAGCUGGUGGAAAAGAAUCAAUUGGGUAUAUAAAGUUAGAUUUACAAAAUCAUUUAAGAACUAGAAGACAAAAUGAGCUUGAAUAUGGAGAGGCAGGAUGGCUUAUGAAUUAUUUUGAGACUCAGUCUUGUGAAGAUCCAUCCUUCUUCUAUGCAUGCUAA